AUCAUUUUGUAUAUCUAAGUCUUUCUUCUUGAUCUUGUUCGUCGCCUAGCCUACAGCCAUCAGUAGUUCUAGUUGGCUGUUCUCAUUUCAUUGCAUACUACUCCUUAAAAUACCAACACAAUAGUAUCACUAAUUACUGCUAAUCUACAAUUACUACUUUCAUUCAUUACAAAAUUCAUAUCUAUAACCCUUCCGCACCCGUCGUUCACCUAUGUCCAACAUUCCUCAUACACCUCGGUCGAAAGCCUCCGCCAACGGUAUAACUACAGGUGGAUUGCCAAAGACUUCGGUGACCCCCUCCUUCACCUUUGGACUCAGUUUUCUGCCUUCGUUCCAGUUCCAGUCGCCUAUUCAACUGGUGUCACCAGACAGGUUCCUCACAUUUUCGAGCCACAUGCGCCGUCACUUCAACAAGCGUAACCCUGAUCUAUCGUCACCUGAAUCUAGCUCUAAAGAUGACUCGAAGACAAAAUCCUUGUCGAUGAACCAGUUCGCGGAAAUGUUUAAAACUCGGCGUUCCAGCGUGGACGGCAGCAAUGACCACGGCGAUACCAUACAUACCACCCAGGAAGACGAUGUGGAUCUCUGGUCUUCAUUGGAUAACGACCAUUCAUCUAAUCAGCACAAUUUGACAUCAAUGACUUCGAUAUAUGAAGAAGACUCUCAGCUUGUAAAAGAAGAAACUAUAGCCUCAAAACGGGAAAACAACACCUUCUUGACUCCCAAUAAGUUAUUGUUGCCGCGUAGGAUCAUGGCAUCGUCGGAAAGGCCGGCCUCGACUCCAACUAAGUUGCAAUCAGCACCUCAUUUAAUCUCGUUGAGAGCUAUUGCUGAAGGAGACCUGGGUGCCAGUCCUUCCAAAUUGGAAAUGACAGUGUCCAAGUCCAUCAAAAGAAGAAGAUUGGCCAGUAUCUCUUCAAUUCACGAUUCUCCCAAUAACUCAAUUGCUUCACAAAUUGACAACACUAUGGAGUCUCCUCUUCCAAGAAGAAAGCAGUCCGUAGACUCCGUCACAGAUGCCGGCGAUAAAGUCUGGUACCCAGAGCUUGACGACAUACUCAUCAAGUGUUAUUUGAAGUAUCGCGAUUUCAGGGAUAAUCAUGCUGGAUAUAAUGCAAGCGUUUUAAAGCAUACCUCUCAGAAUAAAGUGUUGUCGCGAAUGUUGUUAAACAAAACAAGUAUCUUGAGAACUUCUAAGCAAAUAUCGUCCAGAUUAUUUAGAUUGUCCAAGUUGAAGAAACUCGACAAAAACAAGUCUUCCAAGACACCACAGAGCAUUCCGACCUUUGGCUCUAUCAGUAAUGACGAGAUUGAGGAAUUCAUUCUGACUCCUUUGGAAAGCUUGAUGUCAGCUACUAUGCCUGCUACUCGGAUGGAUUCUAUCACCACCAAUGAAAUCAUAGACCACGAAUUGGAUUUGCUUUUGGCUUCUCCUCCAGAUAUCAACACUGCUUCUGAUGAUAAUGUCACAUAUAGCAUGGUUCCUAGCGAAUUCAAAUUGGCAUUCAAGAACAUGAGCCCGAAUGAUGACCAUGUUUUUUCAUCAUUGAGGAACAUCACUUCGUCGUCAUUGUCGACAAACACAUUCCAAGCCAGACAUGGAGGAGAUGAUACUGUCCAUGUCAUAGACAAAUUGAGAGACGAUGCAGUUCCCAUCUGGGUCGUUUCUCAUGACAUUAAUUUGUGUCUUAAUUCUAAAGACAUAGUUGCGUCCACACCAAUUUCUCCGUUUACAAACAAGUCUCAAGGAGAACUUUUACACCCGCUAAACUUGUUGAAUGGUGUCUUUGAAUCCUAUUUAAAGAUUGAUGUCAAAGGCAACACUGAAAAUGGUGUGUCGAUGCUUGCAUGGAACUGUUUUACCAAGGUUUACAAGACCAAAUCAAAGCAAAUAAUUCUUGAGAGUGUCGAACCCAUUAAUGCAUACUGGAAUUUGUCGGAUAAACUUUACAAUUUGCAAUUUCCCUUCUUGUCGAACUUUUUUGCUGGUUAUCUCAACUUUUUGACCAAUGGCUCCCACAGUAAAGAUGACGAUGCCUUGCGAAUUGUUCAAGUGUUAUACAAAAACACGACAAGUGAUGUUAAGUUUAAUCAUGAAACCUCAAACAUCUACGCCUACUUGAUCCAUGAAGUUUUGUUUAACAAGACUUCCAAUGCAUCUGGAACAGAGAUAAAUGUCAUCGAAAUCGUGAAAAAAGAUGCCAAGCUUGAGUCCUCGCCCGGAAUUCUGUCGAAAACAAGUGUUGAUGUUGAUGAUGAUGACAACGAGACCGUGCUCGCAGACUCUUCUCCUUAUAAGUCGUCUCCAAAAUCGACUCAAUCACAACAAUCCCCUAUUAGACGUUCCAGUUUAAACAUCGAUGUGAGUAGAGCUAAUGGCACCAAAGGAUUAGAUUUGCAUAAAGGACCCAUUAGUGCUCCGAUCUAUAAUGCUGCCAUCGUGCAGAAGUUUAACCAAAAUCUUCUCAAACAGCUGGAGCAUUUGAAAUCAAAUGAAGCCAAAGAUCUUCAUCAGUUUGGACAGCAGCUGAUUGAUGAUUUAUCAACAAUGCAUAAGUAUUCGGAAUUAGUAGAUGGCCAACACAUAGUUAAGGAUGUUACCAGUAGCAGGUCUAACGGUACGGCAGUGGAAUUUUCGGCAAGCUUUCUUGGAGAUUGCAACCAGUCAAACGGCAUUUCCCACAAGUCGCCCCACUCAGCUCCAAAUACUGUCAAUAUGGCUUCUAGCGCACAGUUUGCACCAAUGAUGGGCAACAACUUUAAUUUGGCUGGAGUUGUACCUAGGGUGGAAAAUCCUGUUAUGGCAAAUUUCGCUAAUCCAAAUCCUCAAUUUGUUCCUCAAGGUCAACAGAUGAUGGUGAACAACUUUGCCCAGUUCAAUGGCCUUCCUCCAAGUGUGAGAGAACAGUUUACGCGACAGUGGUUUCAGCAGCGUCAACAGCAACAGCAGCAACAGCAGCCACACCAACAACAAAUGCAUCAACCUCCGUCACAACAGAUUGAACAUCUCCAACAGCAACAAAUGAUGUUCAAUAUGAAUACGAUUAAUUCAGCACCAGCAUCGCAAACACAAUUCUUCAUUCAAAACACCCCACAAAUGAGUCAUCCACAGGAUCAAUUUCAACAGGUAAAUCUUGCUGAACUUCAAGUCCAAGUCCAGGCUCAAGCUCAAGCUCAGGCCCAAGCCCAAGCUCAGGUUAAAGCUAACCUUCAACCUCAAAUGUCUCAAAUACAACCACAAGUUCAAAGAGCCCAUUCUUUUAAUAACGUGGUACCUAUGGGAGUAGUGCAGAGACCUGGAAUACAACCGGCACUUGCAAGAAGUCGAAGUUCUGCUUCUGUUGCGAAGGAUUCCAAUAAGGAAAACUACAAGCCAAAGGAAAUUAAGUUUGGCCCUAUUUUGGAGUAUGACCCUUCCAAAGAUUCCAAGAGUAUUCAACAGAACAGAAAUCUAAAGCAAGGCAAUGGAAUUCAUAGAUUCCCCAUCAACACACCACUUAGCAUUUACAAACCCAAAAAGAAGUGAUAGUUUCUAGUAUUGUUUUUCAGUUCCUUGGUUUUCAUUUAUUCACAGGUAUAAUUACUUGUUUACAUUUAGCAUACAUUGUACAUUAUAUUCAUACAUCUAUAUAUAUAAAUAUGAGGACAUUACAUU